GACAGUUGAGAUUGCUCCUGGAAGCAAUAGGAAGAAGGUGAAGACGGCACAUCGGAAGCGGGAAACACUUAAGUGUGUGAGAGGUCCCGAAGAGUUAAGAAAUUGUGGUGCAAAGCACAGGAGUGGAUCGAUGGCGGAGGAAGUGGGAGAGUUCUAUGUCCGAUACUAUGUCGGACACAAGGGCAAGUUCGGUCACGAGUUCUUGGAGUUCGAAUUUAGACCCGAUGGCAAGCUCCGGUACGCCAACAAUUCUAACUACAAGAACGAUACGAUCAUCCGGAAGGAGCUCUUUCUCUCGCACGCUGCCCUUCGAGAGUGCCGGCGGAUCAUAGCCGAUAGUGAGAUCAUGAAGGAGGACGACAACAACUGGCCAGAGCCCGACAGAGUAGGGCGUCAGGAGCUGGAAAUCGUUAUGGGCAACGAGCACAUCUCCUUCACUACUUCGAAGAUCGGCUCACUUCUCGAUGUACAGAGUAGCAAAGAUCCGGAGGGCCUGAGAAUUUUCUACUAUCUUGUACAGGACUUGAAGUGCUUCGUGUUUUCUCUUAUCGGGCUCCACUUUAAAAUUAAGCCCAUCUAAACAUCAGCUGUUGCCCAGUUGCUUAUGGGGUUAACAAGAGCACUGAGGUCGUUAGCCGUGUGAACCACCUUCCGUGGAAUUCGUACGACUUCAGGUCGAAAUUUUACCCACUGCGUGUAUUUCGUGGGAUAUUCUGGAUACUUUGUGAAUUAUGAACUUGGUUGUAGGUCCUGCUAGAACGACUUGUUAGACAUUAGGCUUAUGUAAUAUACUUGUGAAACCAAAGCUGGAAAUUAUAAUUUCAACAUUUUGCGUGCGAUAUC